AUGCGAGCUGGCGGACAGCCUCUGCUAGCUUUCGACAGCUCGCAACCUCGCGGACGGCUGUCAGGACACUUUCUGAGUAUAUAUUUACAUUCCACUAACCCAUUUUUCAUUCCACUCCAAAUAACAAAAAUUAAUAAAUGUUUCCCUUUGUUCAACGGUUUUUAUGGUUUUUUGACGCGCAAUCGCUUUAACCUUGCUUAUUUUUAUAUGUCAAUCUAACGUGGAAACGUGCAUUUUUUGAAAUUCUACACAUUUUCAAUCCAAAAAAAUUCAGCGAACCGCCGAUGAUAAAAAGGCGAAAUGGCGAAGAAACGGAGACGAAAGAUGUUUUAUUCGAGCGAAUCUCAAAACUCGCGCCAAAUGUGGCGAAAAAGAAGGAUUUAGAUGCAGCGAAACAAAUGGUGGAAUUGAGUGCGAAAUUAUCGAAAGCCUAUUCGGAGACGAUUUUUGCAAGUGAUAUUGUUCAAGUUUUUACGAAUGGAUUGGAAUUGAAUCUUUUCAAACAAGCUUUUCAUAAGGUUAGUGGCUAAAAGGAAAAGGUGGAAAUGAAAUCGACAAAAAUAGGUCAUUUAUUAUUUUAAUUUUUUCCACGUGAAUUCAUUUUUUGUUCAUUUCAGCCAAUUGAAUGUUUCCGAACUGGUUCAAAUUCCGCCUCUCCACAAUCCAAAUUAAUUCGAGCUGCUUUCCAACGACUUCUUCUUGAUGGAAUUGAUUUCUAUGAAAAAUUGAUUGAAAAAUAUGAAAAAGAAUUCGAUUUCCGCCUUGAUAAUAUUUUGAUUUGGCCCGAUGGUUUAAUUGAGGAAAUUCAAUUGAUCCACGAAUUUGUUGAUUUGCCUGCUGGAGUUCAAAAAUUGGAAACGAGUCGACAAAAAACGGCGUUGAAAUCAUUGGCACGGCAUUUGAUAUCUUUGGGAGAUUUGCAUCGAUAUAAAACACUUGUUGAUGGAUCGGAGAAUUAUCAGAUUUCUCAAAGGUUUGUGAAAUUUAUAUUGGGAAAAAGUGGGGAUUUGAAUUUUUCAAACAUUUCGAUCCUAAACAUUAUCCAAAAAUCCCCAAUUUUUCCAGUUACUAUCUGAAAUCAGCUCAACUUUGGCCAACAACUGGACACACUUAUAAUCAACUCGGAGUUGUUGCAUAUUAUUCGGUAAGUUCUUUUCCUCUCCUGGGCGGCCCCAAAGAUAUAAUUCUUCUCUUUUUUCUCUUCCUAUUCAUUUUGUGAGAGUUGUAGAUGCUCUACCGUAGUUCACGGCGUGUUCGACUCAUCCCGCUCGAAAUUUUAUCGAGGCAAAGACAGGUAGCUUAUGUUUUUUGAAUGCCUCACGUAUUAUCUGCUUUUUUCCGGGGUUUUCUCCACUUUCCGGUGUUGCUUUUACUUAUUUAAUACUAAUCCUGUCUUUACCUCCUCUACUUUUUUUUACCUUCUAACCAUUCCUUUUUUGCACUUUUUUCUUUUUUCUUCAAAUAUCAUCUCGAAUUUCCACAUAUUUUUUUUCAGACUCGUGUAAUUGAUGAGAUCUUCUUUCUAACUCGUGCACUUGCUUGUUCUCAUCCAUAUGCAGCCGCAAAAGAAAGACUUGCUCAAAGACUUGGAGCAAUGAGAGCAAAAGUUGCAAAAUAUGAACCACUUUUGGAUUCGGAAUGUGGAAAAAAAUCGGAAAAUGAGAUGGAAAAAACGAGAGAAAUAUGGAUAAAUGUUGAAAAUGGAGAGAUUUCUGAUGAUUUUGGGCAGAAAAUUAUCAAGGAUAUUUUGAGCCAAUUUAUGUCGCAUAGUGUGGAUAAGGUUGGGUUUUUUUUGGGAGGAUUUAGAGAUUGUAGAAAAUUCUGAAAUUUUCAGCUCCAUCGUCGCGCUGUUUCCUAUCUUAUUGAUACAUUUGGAAUACUUGUCACAAAAAUUGGAAUGGAUCAUUUUGAAAGUGUUUCGGAAAGAGCAUUUGCACUUCUUCAUGCUUCACUUGCAAAAUCGAGCACAGAUUCUGGUGAAUUUACUGCGAGACAACUUGCUCAACUCGCUGCUCUUUUUAUUUAUUCUGCUCAAGCUUCUGAAGGUAAGUCUUUUCCAAACAUCCCUAAAAAUUCACCUCCAUAAUCAAAUAUUUUUCCAGCAUCCACGUCAUCACAUCUCACUUGCUCUUUGAAUACGAUUCUCACAUUUUUCACAAUUUUGGCACAUAAUUUUUUUUUUCCCAACGAAUAUCGAAAAUCCUGCGAUUCUUCCGGCACUUAA